UUGCCCAUGUCAGUGCUGGCUUCGUACAAGAGCGGCUCUCUGGGAAGCUUAAUCUCAUAUGUAGCGAGGAGACACUCAAGGUUUGCUGAGGUUGUUAAAUUUCGAUUUGUCAUGUCAGGAAGGCGGAGUACCUUUGCUGGAGGAGAAACCCAGCCGAACAAUCGUUUCAGAUCGGCAACAGAUGCCUCUCACAUCAAAGCCCAAAAGAGACAAUGUAGUUGCCUGGAGGUUGUUCGGGAAACUAUCCCUGCUCUGGUAAAUUCCUCUCACAAAGGACACCUGGGUAGAAUAGGGAUAAUAGGCGGAUGUCAGGAGUAUACAGGUGCACCUUACUUUGCAGCAAUAUCAGCUUUGAAAGCUGGUGCAGAUUUGUCCCAUGUGUUCUGUACAAGCGAUGCUUCUGUGGUUAUUAAGUCAUACAGCCCUGAACUUAUUGUCCAUCCUGUUUUGGACAGAAAAACAGCUGUAAAAGAAGUGAAAGAUUGGCUUCCAAGACUUCACUGCAUUGUAGUUGGCCCAGGAAUGGGUAGAAAUCCAACCAUCAUUGAAAAUGUCAAGGGAGUUCUUGAGCUUGCAAAGGAGCAGCAAAAACUUCUAGUCAUAGAUGCAGAUGGGCUUUACAUGGUUACAUCCUAUCCAGACAUAAUCAAGAAUUAUACCAAAGCAAUACUCACACCAAAUGCUAUGGAAUUCACAAGAUUAUACAGCACAUUGUUUGGUCGUGAACCUGACCCAUCUAUAGACUGUUCCAGUCAUGUGACACAGUUAUGCCGCGAGUUAGGCGGAGUUACCAUAUGUCGCAAAGGGCAAGAAGAUAUCAUUGCAGAUGGGAAAGAUGUUGUAAACUGCAGAACAGAAGGUAGCAAUAGACGUUGUGGAGGUCAGGGUGACCUACUAUCUGGCUCCAUGGGUGUGUUCUUCCAUUGGACAGAUAUGGCAUUCAAAAAAAUGAGCAAAGAGGAAAGAGCAUGUUCGUAUGGUCGAUCUCUGGUAGCAGCAUAUGGGGCCUGUGCACUAACAAGGACUUGCAACAGACUGGCAUUUGCUAAGUACCGGCGGAAUAUGACGACAACCGAUAUGAUACCAGAAAUUCACGAUGCCUUUGAACUGUUAUUUCCCGAGAAAAAGUCAGACGAACCAGUUAUAAGACAGGAACACACCGUAUAGAGUUCUCAAGUUCGAUAAAGAUGGUAUUUUGGCCGAAUUACUUCCUAAUUAAGGACUAGCAAGCAAACAAAGACUGCAAGGUGCUCAAUUGAACUUUGUUCUUUGGAAGCGGUUUUCUAAUUCUUAAUAGAGCGCCUUCGGUGGAGUGUCCUAAAACCAAUCGGUGGAGUCUUAACAACCAAUCAGAGCGAAGAAAAUAUCACAAGGAACCAAUGAGAACAAAAAGCAAAGACAAGCAAACUUCAUGAAUUAAAAGCGCGGUAAAACUGGGAUGACCAAGUCGCGAUUGGAUGUAGUUUUUUUCAGCUGAUUGGUUGAGAGAGUGGCGCGUGUUUUCUGGACCAAUCACAGACAGAAAGUAAACCAAAACUAAUGUAAUUUCGGUGUACAUUCGACGAUGGAUUGAAAAUUGCUACAGCGCGGUUUUAUGA